AUGUCGAACUCGCAUAACGCAACCUUUUCACGCGAGAUUACAAAUCCAACAGAUUGCCUUCUUCCGCCUCCGCCGUCCUAUCUCGGCCUUUUCACUUUAGCCGCGCUGCCACGCCGCCACGCCGUAGAACACCGUCCCGCCCCGCCAUCCGAGACCAUGUCUCGCUCCGGAGCCCCCCUCCGGCUGGCCGUACUCGAGGCCGACACACCGCAGCCGCAGACCCUCGCGCGCGUCGGCAGCUACACGGCCGUCUUCACGCAGCUCUUCCAGGGCGCGUGCGACACGGCGAUCCCGCCAAUGACACUCGCCGACGAGCUCACCAUCUCCGGCCACGGCAUCGUCGACGACCUGCACGCCUACCCGGCCCUCGACGAUGUCGACGCCAUCCUCAUCUCCGGGUCGCGGCAUAACUCGUUUGACAAUGACCCGUGGAUCCUCAAGCUGGUCGAGUACACGCAGGCGGCGCUCGCGACGAACCGCGUCCGCGUCGUGGGUGUCUGCUUUGGCCACCAGAUUCUGAGCCGCGCGCUGGGGUGUCAGGUCGGCCGCAACCCCAAGGGCUGGGAGGUGGCGGUCACGGAUGUCGAGCUGACGCCGCAAGGUAAAGAGGUGUUUGGUCUGGACAAGAUGACUAACUUGGGCCACCAGCGAAUCCACCAGAUGCACACCGACGUGGUGGCCGAAUUCCCUUCGGAUGCUGUGGCUCUUGGCAGCAACAAUGUCUGUUCUGUGCAAGCCAUGUACUCCCCUGGGAGGUACAUUGCUGUCCAGGGACAUCCUGAAUUCACCAAAGACAUUGUCACCGAACUUCUUUUGAAGCGCCACACGGCCGGCGUUUUUUCCGAUGAGUUAUAUAAUAGUGGAAUGUCUCGCGUUGCAGAUGAGCACGACGGUUUCGCGAUCGCUAGAGGUUUCCUGAAAUUUUUGAAAGAUUAG